UUGCCCGAAUAGUUUUAAAAUUCUCCUGAAAUGUCAUCACGAGGUGUCAAGAAGCGUCAAAAGCCAAUGUCCAAGUCUCAAAGAGCCAAUGUAACUUUUCCUGUAGGCAGAAUGAAGAGAUUUCUCAAGAUGGGAACUCACCGGCUUCGUAUUGGGAUCGGUUCUCCGGUGUAUAUGGCUGCUGUAAUCGAAUAUCUGACAGCUGAAGUAUUGGAGUUAGCUGGCAAUGCUGCCAGGGACAACAAGAAGGGCCGUAUUACACCUCGCCAUAUUUUGCUAGCUAUUGCUAAUGACGAGGAGUUGCAUUGUUUAUUAAAGAAUGUAACAAUUGCUUCUGGUGGAGUGUUACCAAAGAUUCACCCAGAACUUUUAGCUAAGAAGAAAGGUGGAAAAUUUAUCUUGAGUAAUAAUGUUCCACUGACAGUGCCCUACAAGAAACCGAUCGCCACAAAACCUUUAGUUUACAAAAAACAGACUACGGCAGCAACGAGCCCUGCAUCUCCUGCCCCUGGUUCACCCUCUACAGCUAAAGUGAGGGGGAAAAUCGGAAAAGCCAAGGAAGCGGCAGCAGCAUCUCCUUUAGUCCCAUCCAUCACCAUUUUAUCAGAGAAGAAACUAUUUCUUGGACAGAAGCUGACUUUGGUGCAAGGGGACAUCACUGGCAUGACAGCUGAGGCUUUAGUCCAUCCAACUAAUGCAAUUCUAGCCAUGGUGGGAGAAGUAGGCCAGGCCUUAGAAAGAAAAGGAGGCAAAGACUUUUUGCAGGAGGUGCAUUCACUCAAACAGACGCAUGGCAAUUUGGAUACAGCUGAAGCGGUGGUUUGCCCAGGCCAUAAUUUUACGGCUCGUUGGGUGAUUCACAUCAACUUGCCUAGCUUCAAUGAAGCAGAUUCUAUGGACAAGCUGGAGAAAGCCGUACACAACUGUCUCACAGUAGCUGAUCAGCGAAACAUCAAGUCUCUGGCUCUGCCAGCCAUCGGUAGUGGCAGGGCUGGGUUUCCCAAACAACAAGCUGCUAACACAGUGCUGAGGUCCAUCUCAAGUUACUUCUCUUCCACACUGUCUUCCUCUGUCAAACAGAUAUAUUUUGUGCUCUGGGACAUGGAGAGUAUUGGUAUAUAUACAGCAGAGCUGGCUAAGCUAGAUUCAUAGAAUUGACUGUAUUUAGUACUCAGCCAAAACUGGAUUGUUAUUUGUAAACUAACUGUGCAUUUGGGAUCAUCAACCAAUAAACUAUCAACCAACUAUCAAAGAUGUUCUUUAAAUAUUCAGGGUGUUUGAAUAUCUCAAAACCGUAAUAUGGCAACAACACUUUGACUUAGUGGUUGAACUCUCAAAAAUGAUUAAAAAAGGUUGUCCUAAAUGUAGUUAGGCUACUUCACAAAUAUUAUUAGCUAAGUUGCCUUACCUAAAUGGUAAAUGGCGUUGAUGAUUUAAAAUUAAAACCUUAAUUUUUUUACUGAUACACUUCUAUGUCCUUGUAGAAUUAGUAGAACAAUGUAAGCUUUGAGUGAAUUGCCAUAUACAUUGUUGUAUUCAAACUUUAUAGUGAAUUUAAAUUGGUUAACAAGUAUAAUCCAGUCGUGGCAGAUUCCAAGUGAGAUCUUAGACUUGUAGGUCUGUUUAAAGGCCAGUACCACAUGACCAAUAGGAUAAUUACGUGUUAAGAUUAUGUUGUUUCAGUGAACUUAGUCAUUUAUGUGAUUAUGUCAAAGUAUCAAGCUACCAAUGCUCUAGGAAGGAUCUGAUAAAAUCAAUCAAUAUUAUCGCUAGAAUGUUAAAAGUAAAUUACCAAGAAGGGAAGAAAAAACCAUACAGAUAACAUGCAAUAUCUGUAUAUAUGGCCCAGACUGUCUAGGCUGUAAAUGGAGCUUACACAAAAGGUGCAUAUUUAUAUGCUAGACCUCAUAGUGUUAUUACACCCUUUCUCAUGUGUUGAGGUACGGUACUCUAAAUUCAGGUUAAUUACAAAUUGUUUAUUCAAAGUUUGAUACAUCAAUGAAGUAAUAACAAAACUUCUUCCACCAAAGUGAGUAAAAGAUAAAAUCAAGCUGGUGUAAUGUCUUCAGUCCUCAAGGUCUCGGGUUCAAAUCCCACCAAUCACCAAUGGAUUAUCCAAGUGAUAAUGCCGCAACCUCUAGCCUAGUCCAAAGUAAUGUGAAAAACAAUCCCAGAAAAAAAGAGUUAUGAUAAGAAUUAAUGAAUUAAUUGCUCUUCUUUAUGUGUGAUUUAGAACCCAAAUGAGAGUCUAUAUAAAUAAAAAAAUAAUAAACCUAGACAUCGAGUUGUUAACAGGGUGUCCAGCCAACCUGGAAAAGUGAAAACGAGAAUAAAUUUUUAUUAGCAAAAAAUCUCAGAAUAAUACAUACAUUUUGUAGAUAAGUUGAAAAUUUUAAUUUUUGAAUAGUAGCCUACCUGAAAAAUCCGCCCGAAAACUCAGAUUUUUCUUAUUUUUUGUAGUUAAUAAUCACAAUCAAGGGUGAUCACAGAUACAUGACAUGGUGAAGGUGUUGACAUGACUACUGGAUGUCGCGAUCGCGCAAGAAAUCGUCAUUCGUUUAAACAUGAUUGCUAGAAAUUAUCACUGAUUUUACUGCGAUUGUGUGAGACUUGCAAGGUUACUGCAAUUCUGUCUUGUUGGAUGUUGCUGUGAUUGUGAAAAAUCAUCAGGAAUGUUGCAGGAAAACAUACUGGAUGUUACCAUCACAAAUUUUGCCGCGAUGGAAUGGUAUGAUCAACAAUGUGGCUGCGAUCACAAGCCCUAACUAUCACAACACUUUCCAAAGGGUUUUUAAUGUAUCCUAACUAAGGAAAUAAAACAAGAUUUGCCAAUUUUUUUAGAAGCAAGUUUUGUCCUGGAAAUAUAACUUUUUGAACCUGAAAAUUCUGGAAUUGUGCUUAAAUUUUAUUUUGAUGAGUCGCUGGACACCCUGUUAGUAUCUAGACUGAAAGCUGACAUACAAAAAUGAGGCAAAACUAGGUAUAUUUUGUGUUGAAUGUUUUUUGCAAUCAAAGAUUUGCAUGUCAACAAUGUUAGAGCUUUUACAUAACAAGAAACCACGCACAAGUUGUUAUUCUAACUUAAGAUUCAAUCAUUAUAGAACAUUAGGUGUGAUGUAAUGUUUGUAAUUGGUAAUUCAUCAUAAUGUGAUGUAGGAGAAAGGAUAUAGGAGGUACUGGUAUUUGAUGAAACUGAUUAAACAAUAUGCAGAAUGUAUACACUUUCAUUGUCAGGAAACAGUACGCCCAAGUAGAUUCAAAUCACGCACAAACCUACAUAAUAUGCACAACAUAACUAAUUGUAUUUUACAUGUAUCUGCUAGUUGAAUCUCAAGGACAAGAUGAUAAAUCUAUCUUGGCUUCUAACAAACCUCAAUAAGGAGGGAACUGUGAAAACAAGUCUACAUUUAUCAUUUUAUUUAUUUAGAGUCUGUAGAGUAAUCUGUGUUGCAAUAUUAAAUGUGGUUUUAUGUUGAUUCCUCUUUGUAUUGUUGGGAAUAAAUGUAUUGAUGUUAAAAAUUACAGGCACAGAAAUUAUGAUUUUGAAGUCUUAAAUGUUUCAUUUUACAAAUAUCAUCAUGUACAGGAGAACUAGUUAAUGUUUUUACAUUUUACAAAUAUAUAGGCCUACAAGAGAACUAGUUAAUAAUUAUUAGUGUGUACACAUCAUCAUAGGGGCUUAGGAAUAAUUUGUUUAAUGACUACUGUAUAAAGAUACAUGAUCAUGCAAGUUGGAAUUAGCCCACAGAUAGUUCAGUUGUAGUCCGUAGUUGGUGCUAACAAAGAGCCGCCUGUCACCCUUUGGAAUACCGCACAAAGCUAGUGCCACCCGAACGCACAAUUUCGCACAAAAUUGUUGAUUUGCUAGUUUGAUGAAAUGUUACACUUUUCUCAGAUCUCUACCGCUGUGCCUAUUAGUGGUUUUUAAGUUAAAUGCCUGUAUAAGUUGGUCAUAACAUUUUAAAAGUAGAAAGAUAAUUUGUUUGAAUGUUUUUUAUCCCUAUUAAACUUCUAAUCUAAUUUUCCUAUAAAUUCAACAUAAUGUUAACAACUAUUAGUUACAAGUAAACUAUUUGCAACCUUGUACAUUUAGGUUUGAUGCAGAUAGCUGUUGGACAAGGUUCUGAAUUGCAGAAAGCAAGUUCUAAAAUAUCAUGAAUAUUGCACUGGCGAUUCUUUAUUACGCUCUUUUUCUUUGCUGAAACUGUCAAAAGUGUCAAGCUUGUUACUAUUUACUGGAUGUUUUACUUUAUUGUAGGAUUGAUACAUUUGUUUGUAAUAUAUAGUGGUUUUUUUUUUUAAUAUUUAUUUAAUCUAUUAAAGUAAAUCAUCUUACUAUUUGAAUCAUACUAAAACAUUCAGUCUAGUUAUUUUAAUUUUAUAUUUGAAUUUAUUUAACAACAUUGUUGCUGACUUUUCCUAGCUACAAGAAAAAUUAUUACCUAAUUAAUAAAUACUUAAUUCAUUUUCAAGAGUUCUGUGUCCUUUUGUAAAAAAAUACCACAAAUAUUAGACAGUGAUUUCUAUAUUAAUUACUCAUUGUUAAUUACUCAUUACAGCAUUGUCUAGCAGAUUUACCUGUCAAUUAUAACAUACUAGCAGUUAACCUGAGAUAAAUUGCAUAAUAUCUUAGAGCAUUGGUGUUGAUACUGGUUGUAGUUGUAAAGGCUUUAUAAUUUUCAACCUUACAACUACUGUAUUUCAUAAAAAAACAUUCCUUAGAAAAUUAUUUGUUAUUGUAAUAUGUUAUGUUUUUGUUUUGUUCUGAUAGUUCUAUUACAAAUACUGUUUAUAUAGACAUUAUAUCGUUGGUAUAUGCUGGAAAAGUUAAGUGAUCAAUUAGGUAUGCUAGAUGUACUAGACCAAGGCCCCACUAGAAAAACAGGCCAUGCUGAAGCACGUCAUCGCAACACUACGUCACAGUGGUGGAUAGUUGUACUAAACUCUUACCAUUAAAAUCUUACAAACAGCCAGCUUGUUUAUUUAGCUAAAACUUAUGGGAAUGGUGAUGACAAUGAAUUUAUCAAUGAAAUCUAUCCACUAGUGUGACGUCAUGGAUCCUGCAGCAUGGCCUGUUUUUUCUAGUGGGGCCUUGACUAGACCCAACAAUGGUAUGAAACAGUUAAUUACAAUCUCAUUAAAACAUUUUUUGAUUUUUAUAGAUUAUAAAGUGAGUUAAAUUUUUGUUUUAUUUUACAACUUGUUGAUUAUGUAAAGAGUUUAAUUCAAUACAGUAGUUAUGUUUUAAUUUUUAAUUGUUGGAGUUUUCCAUGAUUUGUUAUACACAUUUGGUGUUUUUUUUUUUGUGAUUUGAUAAUUAUUUUUGUUAAAUUUUACAUAGAGAAGUAAGGUUCAGAGUAAACUUGCUUAUGGGAAUACCGUGCACUUUCGGCUCUAGUUUGUUUUACACGCUACGGCCAAUCUUCUUUUGAUAAGCAAUGAAGAGCCCAAGUUCGGAAGUUCCUAUCGCACAGGACAUAGGGUCUUCCUCCAGCAUGAAAGUUGUACGUGAAUGUGAAGGGGGAAGGAGUGCGAGGGGGGUUAGGAGAUGUUGCAGUGUUGAACUUUACCCCAGUUACCAGUGACUAGUGUUAGACACCACUUAGGUGCACCAUAAAUUAAAUGUUUCCUCUUUACCUUAUUUUCCUGUGGUUCUUAGACUAUAAACAAGUAUUGAGCUUUUGGCUCAAAGGCUUUAAAUACAUUUUAGAAGAGAUCUCUUUUGAAGUAGUCCAACAUUUAUUGGCUUCUGGGUUCCAGAAUCUUGUGGCAAGCUUGUCCAUUAAGGUACCUUUCUAUUAUAGACAAGUCAAGUACCUGGUAGGUUUUGAGUGGCAAGUUUGUCUCCUUGUCUGUAGCACAUUUUAAAAAUAAUUUGAAACCAUGAAAAUCAUUAUCGUCAAUUGGAAAAGCUAAUCUAUAGUACAUGACAAGAUGAGAAGUUUAAUUCUACUGCAUCAUAUUCUUUAUCCAUACCAUACAAAAAUGUUCAUCCCAAAUAUGUCUUGUUCCAAGGUGCUACAGUUUGGCUUGUGCAUUUUUGAUAUUUAUACAUAUAAGAUUUUUUUAUAAGAUAUUUAUACGGGAAAAUUUUUAUAAAAUUAUAAUUGUAAAUUCGUCAUUUUAAGCACUUUGACGAAAAAACUGUUCUCAUCUUCUUCAUUUAGUAUCAAAAAUAAAUAGGCUAUAACAUAUUAAUUUCGAUACGAAAACAACAGUAAAAUUAUUUUAUUUUGACAUUUAGUAUAAAAAAUAUAUAAUAUAUAUAUUUUUAUGACAAGAUUUUCAUCAUAUGUUUGAAUAUAUAUUCUACUACAUAAAUGCCUCUUGCUCUUAAAUUUUUUUAAGUCCAACUAAAUGCCUUUCCUUUUAGUAACAAAAUUAUUAAGUGGUCCAGUAAGAUCGGCCUAUUUUUAAGAUCCUCCUAAGUGGUCGAUUUUGAAGACGCGCCGAAUCUGCGUGAAAACACACUCCGUGUGGCAUACCUCAUUACAUUUAAUGCUGCCCAUAUUUCUCGCAUUUUUUUACGCUGAAUUCUUGCGUGAAAAAACGCCCGUGUGGCCGUAGCCUAAGAGUAAGCGUAUGACUCCCUCAAAUUCACCGGGGUGGCUCGGUGGCUGCCGCGAGGCUCGGGUUCCGUCAUCGCCGCCGAGCUGUCAAACGUUGUUUGAUAUUAUUUUGUGUUUUAAAUGUCGUUUGUAAGUUUUUAAUCGAUACAACGAUUGAUAUAGGCCAAUUCAUAAUAAAUAAGACAUAUUUUAGGCACAUGUAUCUGUCUGUCCUUUAUUAUUUUAUUUUCAUUCCAAAACAUUAACUUAUUUCUAGCGAUAGUAAGGCCUCGCCGGGCAGGCCUAGCUGGGCAGGCCUCGCUGGGCAGGCCUCGCUGGGCAGGCCUCGCGCGAGGCCUUCUCCGGCGCGAUGCCUGGAGCGGCAGCUCCACUCGCUCCACCCUAAGGAAGGCGCUGCUUUGAACUAAAUCAGUAUAUUGUCAGACUCAUAAUAGUAUACAAUUUUAAUAUUUUUAUUAGCAUUUUGUUGCUUUUACAUUUAAAGAUGAGUUAGGUCAAAUCAAUUGACAGUCCUUGACAAACAAUAUGCUUUUUAUUUGUUAAAAUAAAAUAUAAUUAGGAAUACAUUUACAUUUCAUAUUUCUAAAAUAAAUCUUCUAUAUUAUAUAUUCUAUACUGUAUAUUCUAUAUUCUUUUACGCUACAUGGAACUUUGUGAACAAUAAUGCUUUUUUGGUUUAAGAUUUAAGAUUUAACCCCACAUAUUAUACCAAAAUGUUCGUCUAGGUGUGUAGAUUUGCAAACUGACCUUACAUUUAUGAAAAAGUCCCUUCGGCUCUGCCCGAGUGGCUUUUUAAGUUCCUAUGUUUUCCUUAUUAUAGAACAUAUUUGUUUACAUUAUGAUCAGCUGGAUAAUUUAAUUUCUGUUAAUAUUUUAAUUGCAAUUUAAGGAAAUGUGUGCUACAAACAUUUACUGACUUGGUUGAAAUGAAAUAUUUUCUAUUUGAAUUUGGGUUGGCGUAAAUAUUACAAUGGAAAAAAGCAAGAAACACAAUUUGACAUAUUUGAUAUACUAAAAAGAUAACUGAAUAAACACUGUGCUGCAUUUCUUGAGCAAUCAUUGAAAGAGCCAAUUUGCAAACUAUGGAAACAUAGGAAAGUCAAAGAACACCACCUAGUAAAAUAAAAUAAAAUAAUGUUUUUUCUUAAUUUAUAAUCGUUAUUAUGGACAACCUAAUGCGGAUAUGAGUGGGAAAUAUUUGUAGAAAACACUAAAAAAAGCUUUUGAAAAAUGAUAAGAUUUUUACAAGAAAUGUUGAUUAUAUAGAUCUGUUAUGUACAUUGUGAUUAUUUCCAUAAUCUUUUUUAUCAACUCUUUUAAAGACAUCGGAAGCGAUUACUGAUAUUCGUUUUAAAUUAACACCUGUAAUGUAAUACUUCGCAAUUGCUCUAACUCGAGCAACCGGUACUCUAGUCAAUAUUAAAACUUAAAAAAAUAGUAUGUAAAUUUGUUAUUAUAUGAUUGAGUUCUCUGCUACAUAACAUCUGCGAGACCCAGGGCUAUGUUGGACCACUUGUGAGUUGAGCGUUGUAAGUUGGUGGCUUUAGUGACUGCACAAUAUCCUCUUUGCACAUUGUGAUUGUGAUGUUUCUACUGUGUGUCUUGUAGUUGAUUUAUACAUUGAUUAAACUACAAUAGAUGUUGAAAAA